UUUUUCUCCCACACACAUAUAUAACUUAACUCUCUCUCUUUCUCUCUUUAGCUUUAACCCCAAAAGAAAAGAUAAGAACUUAAACCCCUUUCUUUUUACCUUCUCUCCAUGGACUUGUCUGUACUUGAAAGGCUUAAAUGGCUGCAACAGCAACAAAUGGUUUCACCUGAAUUUCUUCAGAUACUUGGCUCAGAUGGGAGAGAAGAACUCAAAAGGGUUGAGAGUUAUUUGGGAAACAACACUGAUGAGUUGCAGAGUUUCAGACAUUUUCCUGAAUUUGGACCGGAUUACGAUACUAUUGAUGGCUGCAUUUCCAGAACAAGUAGCUUCCAAAUGAAAACAGUGAAGAACAGUGAAGAUAACAGAGCCAUUGCCUUGCAGAACAAGAGAAAACCAGAGGGUAAGACAGAAAAGAGAGAGAAGAAGAAGAUCAAAGCAGAGGAUGAAACAGAGUCAAGCAUGAAAGGAAAAUCAAACAUGAGCAACACAGAGACAUCCUCUGAGAUUCAGAAACCAGAUUACAUCCAUGUGAGAGCUAGACGAGGUGAAGCCACCGACAGGCAUAGCUUAGCUGAAAGGGCAAGGAGAGAAAAGAUAAGCAAGAAGAUGAAAUGUCUUCAGGAUAUUGUUCCUGGAUGCAACAAAGUUACUGGAAAAGCCGGUAUGCUUGAUGAGAUCAUCAACUAUGUCCAAUCUCUGCAACAACAAGUCGAGUUCUUGUCCAUGAAACUCUCUGUCUUAAAUCCAGAACUCGAGUUUCAUAUCAAUGAGUUAUCCACAAAACAGUUUCAGGAUUACUUCACAGAUCUUCCAGAAGCUGUCUCGAAGCAGUCAAUGAUGGCGGAUUUACGGUCUUUUCCAUCACACCAGCAAGGAUCUCUAGAUUACUCGGUCAUAAACUCAAACCAAUCCACAUCUCUCGGCGCUAAAGAUCAAACAUCUUCAAGCUGGGAAACUCACUCACAAUGUCUUUACAACAACUUGAGAACCGAUCCCGUUUCUAAUUUAUUCAGCCUCAAGUAAAAAGUUAGGGAUAAGAUAAGGGUCACUGAAAAAUCGCAUUUUUUUUUUGUCUUGUCCUUUUCUCUAGGUUAUCUGAAAUUUGAACCAGAAAGAUAGAGGAAACCAAUCCAAAGAUAAUUCAAUGUUCUAUAUCUUCAUAGAAAUAUAUAUAUCCAAGGGGAUAUGUAUAUGUGUAGAAGAAAGAGAAAAAAGCUCUUGUGGGGAUAACAACUCCUUGUUGUACACUGUAUUAGUAUAUAUAUGCUAUAUUCAAAAUAGAAUUAUUUCUCUAUUUCACUCUAUACUGGUAAAGUUCACAGAUUUGC